GCGAGGUAAACAAACGAGAAACGAUAUCAAAAAUUGUCAGACAGUGCACACAUUUUUUCGGUUUUCUAAUCAAGGAUGAAGAAUUUUACGUGUUCAACCGUCAUAUGUAAAUAAAAAUUUUAAGCUAGAAUUUUAAGCAACCAAAGUGAAGUCAUAGCACUCAUUUUUUCCUGGUGUCAAUUAUUCAAAGAGUCAAGAGUUACCAUUUCUCAUUACAUCGUACGGGCUGUUUCAUUGGAAUUCAUUCACAUAAAUGAUUAAAUCAUAUAUUUUUAAGCCUUAAUGUAUUCCAUAUGUCAUUCAUUAUGUUGAAUUCCCUCAAAUUCUGCUCCAAGUGGUGUCAAGUGUUGUCGAAAGGAAAUGCUCAUUAUACAUGGCGUCUUUUGGUGCCAGAGUCUUCAUUCUCAAGCUCUAGUUGUUCUUCAAAUUUAAUCCGUUUUCUUAAUACAAAAGUUGCAUCACCCAAAUUUGUACCUAAAGGUGCACUUUUCUCCCCUAAAAUACGCUCAGGGCUCACAAUACGAAAGAAAAAGCUCCGAGAUACAAUUCCAAACAAACAUGGGUACUGGAAUGUUGUAGCAUUUUCAACAGCCGAAGAAUAUGAUCUAGACAAUAUUCGAAUAGGUCUAGAAACCAAGAAUUUAUAUGAAGUUCAUCCCCUUGAUACUGAGGGAGUUCAGGCAGGUACUGACAGCUUCAUCCAUGCUGUAGCUCACUAUCAAGUUGAAGAGGAGCCCAGACAAAUUUUCAUAUUUCGGGAAGGCUCUGUUGUCUUAUGGAAUGUGAGUGAGCUAGAGUAUACAAAUUUUCUUAUGUUCUUGAAGCAUUAUGAGCUGCAAAGUUAUGACGAAAAGCUCAUCGAAUCGGAAAGAGAGCUCAUGCAUUAUAAAUAUACUGAUUCUCUGAAGAAGAGCACUCUAAUGAAUGGCAACAUCUACCUAUGCAAGGACAGUUCCAGCAAUUUUGACCUUGAUUUGUACACUUUUUCCAAUGCGAUGGCUUCAUCAGUCAAACUUGGCAUUUGGGAGGCAACUUUAGAAAAAUAUGUUGAAUCAAUUGAAUAUAUCACUGAGGACAUGAAAAUGGGUCGUAGAAUAAAGAUUGGGCCCAAGGAGGUACUUCGCAAAACAGGAGAAAUAUUUGCCCUGCGACAUUCAAUUAAUCUAAGCUCUGAUCUUCUAGAUGUACCAGAUUUCUAUUGGGACCGAGAGCAAUUAGAAAAGUUGUACCUUUUGACAUGCAACUACUUUAGUAUACCUCGCAGAACCAAGAUAAUGAACGAAAAGCUGAAUCAUUGUCUUGAGUUAGUCGAAUUACUGUCCACACAUUUAAGUGACAGACAUCAUGUCAGAUUAGAGUGGAUGAUAAUAGUUUUAAUCAUGGUUGAAGUUGCAUUUGAAUUUAUUCAUUACUAUAAUACUUAUUAUGUGGGUGGAACGUAGUUGCGUUUUGCCCCACUUAGAUUUGAAACUAGCAUAAUACUGAUGCAGGAUUUUUUGUCGAAAGAAACUACAUUAAAUGUUUAAUUUACAAGGAAGAAAAAGUAAAAUAUGUCCUUGUCAGUAAGAAACAUACUCCCAACUCUUCUUCACAUAUUUGUUGGCGGAGCCUUGUGUUGAGUGUCUAAAAGUUUCUUUUGUUUCAAUAUCUCUUGGCAGGAAAAAUAAUUUUCCUCACUUACUUUCCAAAUGCUUUGCAGAUACCUAUCCCAAAAUCAGUUUAUUUUUAACAAGAAAGCUAUGAUUUGGUAGAAAUUCAGUUUUUAUUGUUAAUGCAACUAUUCAUUUGAAUUGUGUUUUAAAAUCCAGACACGCAGUGGGGUUCCUGAAAUGAAUUGUAAUAUAAAUAUUUGUUUAGGAUGGAGAAUACCUAAAAUUUUUUCUGAGAAAAUUCUGAAGACUGAUACUUGUAAUGAACUUUCAAUAAUACUAACUAUAACUACUAUAA